AUGUCAGAUCUAUUCUGCUGCAACAGCCUCCAUCCCACCAAACUCCCAAACCCGGACCACGAGCAAACUUUCACCGAAUUCACCAAAUGGGCCCUGACAACAACGAACAGUCAAACAGGAUCCACCGAUCCCUCCGAAGCCAGCGUGUGCAUCCAGCUCGUGCGCCAAGUCAGCGGUACGAUAGAGUCAGUCCGGUACUUCGUCGCAAGCGACGAGCACGGGAGUUUCGAAGAAGUCUCCAAAGACGCGAUUGUGGAUGCGGAUUUUGUGAAGAUCGACGAACGCGAAAGCUUCCGAUGCACCGAACACAAUCGAUCUUUUAUUCUUCACAUCUACGAAGCGAGUACGGGGAGCUCGAGUCAUUGGCGAGCUAGUAUUGCGAGACCGCUAAAGCAGCUUGAGAAUGCGAUCAAGCACAAAAUAUCUGGAUCUGGAUCUGGAUCAGGGUCGGGAUCAAGAACUGUGCUGGAAUCAACGGGGUCUGGCGUGGGACAUACAGCUAGCUCAGGCUAUGGAUACGGAACGGGGAUGGGGUACGGCUCUGCAUGGGGAUCUAGCUUAGGAUCUGGAUGUGGACCUAACUGGGGAACUGGGAGUUCAACGGCUUUCGACAAGAGUGUGCCGUCUUCGACUACUGUUGAGACUGGGUCUCAUGAUUCUGAUAGUGAUGGACACAACGAAGACCAAGACCAAGACCCAAACCAAGACCUAAACCAAGACCCAAACCAAGAUCCUGAGAUAUCUUCACCUGGCAAUGGGACUGAAUGUACCAACCAAGAAGGUGACAAAGACGAGCCUGUGUCGUCUUUGCCUACGAUUGACACUGAGGUAGCUCAAGAUGAAGAUGCAGGGUCAUAUUCGCCUCUAUAUGAGACUCGGGUUACUUCCCAUGAUGACGGCCGUAUGAGUCAGAGCUACUUGGAUAUUGAGGACUAUGGGUGUUAUUAUGCUGGGCGUUCCUUUGAUGACUAUGGCAUCUAUGACUGCGAUCCAGGGGAUAUUGACUUGACCUAUGACCAGGAUUAUAGAGAUUGUGGAGGUUGUGACGAUUGA